UUGAACAAGAUGGACGUCGCUGAUCGUACAACGGGAACUGCUCACGUCCGUGAUGACCUUGCUGAGCGAUGCCAAAAGCUAUUUCAAGACUUCCUCGAAGAAUUUCAGGUUGAUGGAGAAGCGAAAUAUCUUCCCGAAGUGCAAGAACUUAUCAGACCUGAGCGCAACACAUUAACAGUCAGUUAUCAAGAUGUGGAGUCUUACAAUGCACAACUAUCAACUUUAAUCCAGGAGGAAUAUUACAGGGUGUUUCCCUAUCUUUGUCGAGCCGUCAGAAACUUUGCUAGAGACAGAGGCCAAGUACCGCCAACCAAAGAGUUUUAUGUCAGCUUCACAGACCUGCCAACAAGACACAAGAUUCGAGAACUUACCAGUCAGAAGAUUGGAACAUUACUACGAAUAAGCGGACAAGUUGUGAGGACCCACCCUGUACACCCUGAGUUAGUGAGUGGAACCUUCAUUUGCCUCGAUUGUCAGACUGUUAUCAAGGAUGUCGAGCAACAGUUUAAGUACACUCAGCCCACGGUGUGCCGCAACCCAGUUUGUCAGAACAGAGCAAGGUUUAUGCUGGACAUAAACAAGUCACGCUAUGUGGAUUUUCAAAAAGUGCGUAUACAAGAAACACAGGCAGAAUUACCCAGGGGAAGCAUUCCUAGAAGGGGACUCAAGGCACUUGGUGUGCGAGAUUUGACAUACAGAUUGGCUUUUCUUGCCUGCAGUGUUCAAGCAACAAACCCAAGGUUUGGAGGUAAAGACCUAGAUGGUGAUAAUGUCACUGCAGAGACAAUUAAAAAGCAGAUGACAGAUCAGGAAUGGCAAAAGAUUUAUCAAAUGAGCAAGGAUAAAAAUCUUUACCAGAACUUAAUCAACAGCAUCUUUCCAACUAUUCAUGGAAAUGAUGAGGUCAAACGUGGAGUGCUCCUCAUGUUGUUCGGUGGAGUUCCAAAAAUUACAUUGGAAAAAACAAAUCUCCGAGGCGAUAUCAAUGUCUGCAUAGUUGGAGAUCCCAGCACGGCCAAGAGUCAAAUACUCAAGCACAUUGAGGAGUUUAGUGUCAGAGCUGUGUAUACCUCUGGAAAGGCGUCUAGUGCUGCAGGUCUCACAGCAGCUGUGGUCAAGGAUGAGGAGUCCUCAGAAUUCGUCAUUGAAGCUGGUGCUUUGAUGUUGGCUGAUAAUGGGGUAUGCUGCAUCGAUGAGUUUGAUAAGAUGGACCCUAAGGAUCAAGUGGCCAUCCAUGAAGCAAUGGAACAGCAAACUAUUUCAAUUACAAAAGCUGGUGUAAAGGCUUCAUUAAAUGCAAGAACUUCUAUUCUGGCAGCAGCCAACCCCAUUGGUGGGCGAUAUGACAGAACAAAGUCACUCAAGCACAACCUGAACAUGUCUGCACCCAUUAUGUCAAGAUUUGACCUGUUUUUUAUACUUGUUGAUGACUGCAAUGAGCAAAGAUGCACAGGAUUUUAUCGUUGAACAAUAUAAGCACCUACGAGAACGAGACACAAGCUUCGCAAGGUCAGCUUGGCGCAUCACAGUACGACAGUUGGAGAGUAUGAUUCGUCUCUCUGAAGCCAUGGCCAGGCUUUACUGCCAGGAUGAGGUUCAACCCAAGCAUGUUAAGGAAGCAUUCCGUCUGUUGAACAAGUCCAUAAUCAGGGUGGAGACUCCUGAUGUUCAGUUUGAUGAAGAUGAGGAAGAUCAACAAGAAGAUAUGGAUGUAGAUGGAGAGAGUGAUGCCCAUCCAAGUAGAAUGGUAAAUGGCCAUGCAGAAGAUGCUGACAAGGCAGAGAGUGACCAGAAGCCUAAAAGCAAACUGCGCUUGUCAUUUGAGGAUUACAGAUCAAUGGCAAGGAGUGUUGCAGGGUAUUUAAGGGCAGAAGAGGAGCGAGCGGGUGAAGAGGAAACUGGGAUCAGACGAAGUGAUGUUGUUAACUGGUAUCUCAACACAAUUGAGAAAGACAUUGACACUGAAGAGGAGUUGGCUGAAAAGAAAGUCAUUCUUGAUAAGGUUCUGGACAGGCUGAUCUCAUCUGACAAUGUUAUUUUAGCACUAAAAGAGUGGGGAACAUCUCAAGAAGACUAUGCGCCAUCUGAAGAAGAUGAUCCAUUUCUUGUCGUCCAUCCAAAUGUUGUUGUUGAUGACCUGUAAAACUUCAUAGUUAAAUUAUUUUCCAUUAGUACUGUAUAUAUAAACUGCGUUUCUUAUUGGUUGAUAUAAUUUGCUUCUUUUCCCUUAUUGUUGGUGUGGCUCAUGUUAAAAGCCUGUAUUGUGAGUACACAGUUAAGCAUUAGAAAGUUUUUUUCAUAUGGGGUAGUAGCAAGUAUUUGUCUGAAAGAAAGCAUAAUGCAGUGUGCAAGAGAAUGUCAUUUGAUCCAUUUGUAUAUUUUUCUAUUAAACUCCCUUGCUGUCUUUUAAAAAGAUUUUGUGCAUCGCAUUGAUUUGUAUACCUGAGCAAACAUUAAAGCACUAUUUCUGUA